UAGGAGGGUUUUGUGGAGAUCAGUAAAAACGACAGCGCGAUAAAAAUUAGUAUUGUUGCACUUCACAAAUUAAUGACCAUGAGUUCCUACUUGAUAAACUCCAACUAUAUCGAGCCUUCGUUUCCGCCAUGCGACGAGUAUCAGCAGAGCGGCUACAUCCCCAAUCCUGGCGACUACUACGAGCGACCGAAGGAGACGGGCUUCCCCCAUCACGACGAGACAUCCUAUCCGAGGUCAAACUACAGCGAACCGGGAUACGACUACGGCACCGUCCCCGCGCCUGGACCUCCGGGACUGGACGAUUUCAGCGAGCACCACCACCACCAGCCCCAGCCGCAGGUUCCACAGAGCCAGCACGCACCUCCGCGGCUCUCGGCGGGCCCGGACGUCUCUGGCACGGGGGCAAACGCCUCUAAAGACUGCAGCCUCGCCGGGGAGGUGUACCCUGGCGUGGCGAACAAGGGCAAGGAGCCGGUGGUUUACCCCUGGAUGAAGAAGGUGCACGUUAGCACCGUCAACGCCAGUUACAACGGAGGAGUGCCCAAGCGGUCCCGCACUGCCUACACCCGUCAGCAGGCUCUGGAGCUGGAGAAGGAGUUCCACUUCAACCGCUACCUGACCCGGCGCAGACGCGUGGAGAUUGCGCACACCAUGUGUCUGUCCGAGCGCCAGGUCAAGAUCUGGUUCCAGAACCGGAGGAUGAAGUGGAAGAAGGAACACAAGCUGCCCAACACCAAGAUCCGCAGCAGCUCCUCGUCCUCCUCCGCCGUCUCCUCCGCCGCGGGGCCCCAGCCACAGCAGCAGAUGAAGACAGGCCCCCAGCCGCAGCUCGUGCCAACGCCUGGGCUAUAGUGCACGAGCCGCGCCCCGGAACACAGACUGACAUGUGGAUCUGAUGGACCAGUAUUUUACACGGUGUUCAAACCCAUGUCCCCUCUCCCUCUGCGCUCUCCAUAAAAGCUUGAAUAUGACCUUUAACUGCCCCACAGGCAAGUGAAGCGUUUCUAUAUUGUCGAAUGUUAUGACAGAAGGACAAUUACGCACAUUACAUGAAAGUUGUAUCAUUAAAUGGAGUCAGGUGAAGUACGUUCAUUUUUGAUUUUGUAUUUUGUUUUCUCUAUCUCUCAUGGAAAGUUCUAAUAAAAUACUUGAAAGAUAUUUAGCGAGACUCGAUGCCUGUAGGAACCACACAUUUUUGUAGAGGCGUCGCUCGAGAGUAACAGUGUAGUUCGUUUGAAUGUAGUCCAGGUGACUUUGACAUUUGACUGUAAAUAGACAAAUCCUAAUGAAGGCACAAUAAGAACAAGCAUUCUGUUUAGUCGCUGUUCGUUGUCCGUUGUUUGUGUAGAUUUGCUUUAGUGCUGCUUAGUGCGUCCCAUGUCGUGCUGUAUUCUCAACUGUGAAUAUCUGUCCGUAUAUUGUCA